CAGGCCACUGGCCUUCGAAGAAGAGAACGAUUACUCCAUUGAAGCCCACAAAACGUUUUAUAACAGUGGGAAAGGAGUAAUAAAAGAAAAAGAUUCCCUUAAGAGGGUGAAGUAACAAGAAAGAAUUAAUAAAACUAAAAUAACAUGAUAUUUAAUAUUCGAAUGACUCCUGAACAUAUAUCUUCAUGGUUUUUGAUCCUGAUCGUCCAACUGACAGCCCCCAUCGCUCUCUCUAGUGUCGACGUCCCUGGAACAUUUGAACGCGAACUGGAUGGCUUAGCGGGUCUAGCAAGAGAACAGCGAAGUGUUGAGGAUUUUUUUCCCGCUGAGAAAAAAUUAACAACCCGCUCAGAAGGGCCAAAAUGUUUCCAGGAGUCCCGGCCGUCUGUGGGAGUUUUCAAGCGUUUUGAAGCCCUACUGGAAUUGGCGGAUACACUGGACGGUGAAUGCCAAAGCCAUUUUCUGGAUUUAAUCCAGGAACAGGCAGAUGGUGGCGAUAUAAGUAAGAAAGCAUCACAUCAGCAAUGCUUGUCCGCCUGCAGUGACUCCGAAGAAUCCAAAAGGGCCUGUGAAAUCUUCCUGCCUAAAAACGACAGAUACUACCAUAAGCUGGUGGUCAAAAGCAAGUCAACUGGGAAACGUUUUGGUGUUUGUGUUCGAACCACGAGUUUUGACUCAGACGACAACCAAGCACGAGGCGUUUUCAAUAGUAAGAGGGAAUGCAAAGACGCUUGUGGCUUCUCAGAGACAGCUAAACGAACAACCACAAUUGAGAAAAGAAGCGGCUGCAUAUUUGACUGUGGACAACAUGGCAAAUGUGUCAAUAGUACAUGUGUGUGUGAUGAGGGCUACUCAGGAUCGGCUUGCCAAAAUAAAAUGUGUAUUCCUAAAUGUGUAAAUGGUGAUUGUAAUCAAGGUGUAUGUGUCUGCCGCUCUGGUUAUACCGGAAGUAUCUGUGAGAUAGCUAUCUGUACCACCCCAUGCAAAAAUGGUGGUACUUGUAAAGACCGACAGAGAAAUACUUGCGCAUGUCCACCUGGAUAUUUUGGAAAGUAUUGCGAGUUUGCCUCGUGUAUACCGCCAUGUGAGCACGGUGGAGUCUGCUCAAAUCCUAAUACUUGUUCUUGCCAACCUGGUUACCAUGGAGCAACUUGUAACGUUUCCAAUUGUGACCCAGAUCCUCAAAACCGAGGGGAAUGUAUACGGAAUACUUCGAAUUUUAAGUUUCAGACCGUAUGUUACCCUGGCUAUUCGGGUUCCGGAUGCUCAGUCAAAGCCAAAUGCGCCAUGGCGGUGUCCACUGGUUACAGUAAGAAUAUAUUGGCACACCUCUUAGGUAAAGCUGCCAACAUCGACAGUUUAGACUGGACAGGAAAUGAUUAUUCUACAAAAACCUGCAUUGGAUUUCUGAAAUAUCUUGAUAGUCAGUGUUCUUCACCAACCGAGAUACUAUCAGAGGCGUUUUGCGAAAAGUAUUGUGUUUCCAACGAAACGAGCCGAACCUGCGAGCAAUUGUGGAGACCGCGAAACUUCCUCUACUCUAGUGACUACCUACCUAAAGUAAUGUACUAUCAUGACGCCAAAGGCGCAAGCUGCAAAAAGUUUGACUUUAGCGGUUGUGGCGGGAACGAAAACAAAUUUAGUACUGAACUCGAUUGUCGUAAAGGCUGCAUAGAUUUACCGGCAACUACACCUCCUCCCCCACCUACACAUCUUCCUGCAACACCCAAUGAGCCCGGCUUGUGUGUUGCUCAUGGACGUGCUCACUUUAGCACCUUUGACCACACUGAGUACGCUUUCUAUGGUUUAUGCUCGUAUAGAAUGCUGAACUUUGACGAUGCUCAAAGCUCCUUCCAAGUCACUCUUAUCAGCGAUCCUAAUUGCGACAUAAAUAAGCCUUGCAGUAAACAAGUCAAGGUUGUGACCGCAGAUGGCCGAACGAUUUUGUUAUCAAAACAACAAGGCAGACAUAUAGUGAAGAUCAAUAAUAAAGUUGUAGAAGUACCAUACAGAGAACAAGCUCCUUUUAUCAGGGAGGUGGGAAGGUUUAUUAUCAUCCAAAGGCAUGACGAUGUCUUUGUAUAUUUUGAUGGAGAAGAAAAUUUAAUGAUUAAACUUCCUGACUCGUACAAAGCAUCAUCACUCGGCAGUGUUCCUGUUAGCGGUCUCUGCGGUAACUAUGAUGGCAACUCUACAAACGAUUUGGUAGGAUUGGGCGGUAAAAUAUACAGCAGAAAGGACAUAAAUGAGUUUGGAAAAAGUUUCCAAGAGGAUUCUAAAUGUUCUCUGGAGCCAGCCAAGCCCAAAACAUGUUAUACUCUUCCCGGGGAAGAUUACAAUGCUGCUUUGAAACGAGCUACUCAAUUAUGUUCAGUUUUCGAAACCAACAGCGCAUUUGCUAACUGCCGCGCAAAGCUUCGUCCGCUGGAAUUCCGACUGAUGUGUAUUGCAGAUGUCUGUGCUUGUAACACCACAGCAAGACCAGGUUAUGAAUGUGCAUGCAAUUCGCUGGCAUGGUACUCUCGCGCAUGCGCAUGGAAUCAUAAUGAAACAGUAAAGUGGAGAUCUCCUGGACUUUGUCCGGUCACGUGUCCCGUUGGAAAAACUUACGAUGAAUGYGGUACCGCUUGUCCACUGGAUUGUGCUAAUGUUAACAGUGAUCCUUCCAAAUGUGCAUCCAAAUGUGUCGACGGCUGCCAUUGUCCCAAGGGAAUGUAUAAUAAUAAUGGAAAAUGUGUCAAGAAAGAAGAUUGCUCAUGUUGGCAUAAUAACAUCCCAUACGAAAAUAAAAGUAAUCGUACCUCCGACUGUGAGCAAUGUAUCUGUAAUGGUGGAACAUGGAAAUGUACAGCUAUUCCUUGCAAAGCAACUUGCUCUAUUCUUGGGGACCCUCGCAUUAUAACGUUUGAUGGCCAACAGUAUGAUAUGCAUGGAAAGUGUGAAUACGUUUUGUCCGAGCAUUGCAAGUAUCCUAACAAUACAAAAAAGAAGUUCUCCAUUACCAUGAAAAACACAGCCGGCAGCCGGCAGCUGACAGUUAAGCUCGACAAUCUUUUGAUCACACUUGGAAGUAAGGCUAAUGGAGACUUYCGUUUACCUACCCUCGCAGUCGACAGUGGCGAAGUAAAGCAUUAUUAUUCCAAAGACGUUGACGUCGAAUUCGUUGGGGGAAAGUACACCGUGCAGGUCCACGGAGCCGUUGGCUUCGUUCUUACAUGGACAGGUUUUAAUGCGUACCUUACUGUUGACCCAAGCCUAGAAAAACAGACCUGCGGUCUUUGUGGUACSUUUAAUCACCAGCCUGGGGAUGAUUUCGAAAAACGCGGCGGUGAUAUAGAAACUUCGGCGAAUGCCUUCUCAAAUGACUGGAUAUCUACCAAACCUACGCAAGACUGUCAUGGUGGAGAUGAUUGGAGUAAGAUUUCCAUGUACGCAAGUCCUUGUGACUUCUACUCUGUGAAUAAGAAGUAUGCAGAAGAUCGCUGUAGUCACAUCAAGAAAGCAGAUGGUAUCUUCAAGCAUUGUCAUCGUUUUAUUCCGCCAAAUGAUUAUUACAAGAAGUGUCUCGAGGAUGGAUGCAGAUGCAAAAGUUGUCUUUGUAAUGCUGCAGCAGCUUAUGCGAGGGCUUGUGCUGAAAAGCGCAUCUCGCUUAAAAACUGGAGGACUGCAAUACCCGACUGUUCAAGCCAGUUAACCUGYGCAGCAGAUCAGGAGCUAUCCCUUUGCAACAAAGAUCCUYUAACUAAAAUCAUUAAAUGCCCCAUGASCUGUAAUGAUUUAUCCAACCUUACUCAAACGUGUAGCAGCCGUGGCUGCGUCGAAGGGUGCUACUGUACCAAACCAGGACACUACCUUAACGACGAAAACAAAUGCGUAGCAAAGAAAGACUGUCCCUGUUAUCACAACAAGGUGGUAUACACUUAUGGACAGACACGAAAAGAGGGAUGCAAUACCUGUACCUGCGAGGGUGGAUUGUUUCAGUGCACAACCUACAACUGCGUUGAAAGGUGCCAAGCAAAAGGACUUGUCUACAGCAAAUGCGGUAAAACGUGUAAAAACCUCAAAGACCCAAGCAACUGUGAGCCUGGAUGUUUCUGUCCAGAAGGAACUUACAUGCAUGAAAACGGCUCAUGUGUCGCUGAAGACGAAUGCCAAUGUACACACAACAACAAAUUCUAUGACAAGGGUGAAGUUUCGCCAACAGAUUGCUCAAAACGCUGCGAUGGCAAACGGAAUUGGGUUCAAACACCAGGAAUUUUAGCACAACCAGAAUAUGAAUGCUCUGCCUUUGGACAAGGUCAUAUUGAAACCUUUGACGGGCUUAUGUACAAUUUCGAGAACUUGGGGUGCAGUUACUAUCUUGUACGUGAUAAGGACCUUGUGGUGUCAUUCAAGAAAAAGAAGUGUGUCGAUUCCCUUGAACGUCAGAUGUGCAAAGAAGUUACCGUCUCCUUGCCUAAAGAUAACAUAGAGGUGGUUCUCAUGCAGAAACACUUUGAAAUAAAGAAAAAUGGCCAAGUAACUCCUUACAAACCUGGUGAUUACCCACCUCCUUGUAAGCCAGUUACUCAAGGUUCGUACGACAAUCUGGAGAUAUUCUCUGCUGGUUUGUUCCUUAUCGUACGAAUCGUCGACAGAAUGAAUCCAAGAUAUGUAAAAUACGAGGUACGAUUUGAUAUGGGAACUCGUGUUUACAUCAUGGCAAACCCUGCAAAGAGAGGUCAGACGGAGGGACUUUGUGGUAAUUUCAAUGGUCAAASUUCGGAUGAUACAAAAAUGUCAACAGGAAUUAUGGCAACCUCAAUAAAAAUGCUCGCUGACUCAUGGAGAGUUAGUGACCAAUGCGAAAACGCCAAAGAAAUCGAUCCUUGUGAAGUUAAGAAAGACAGACGUCCUUGGGCUGUGAAAGGUUGUAGUGAAAUCCGAAAUAAUCCCAAUUUUACUAAGUGUCACGAUGCCGUCGAUCCAGAAAAAUACAUCAAGGCUUGUSAAUAUGAAACGUGCUUAUGUAGCGAGGGAGGWGAUUGUGCUUGCUUCUGCUCGGCUAUUGCUGCAUACGUUCGAGCCUGUAAUCGCUUCGGUAUAUCAAUAACAUGGCGACGUGAAGGAUUUUGCGAGCUGCCAUGUUGUAGACCAUGUCACAAUACUGGAGGUUAUAUCUCGAAUAACGAACUACCCUAUUCAUGUUUGCAAAAACCGAAAAACUGCACACUAUUGGGUGACCGUUGUUGCAAAGGUGCUUCAGUGGAAGGAUGUUCUUGUCCAAAUAACACAUAUUACAAUGGUAAGAAGUGCGUUCCCCUUAACGAAACAUGCGACGAUCCAUGUACAUCAACAACCACAAUCUCCAGCUCCACGACAUCAACUGUAUCAUCCACAAGCAGUAUUUCCUCCAGCAUUUAUACAACCAGCUCUACUACAAGUUCUGUCAGCAGUUCCAUUUCGUCCAGUGUGUCGAGCAGUGUAAGUUCUUCUACUAGUAUAUCUACGAGUUCGUCAGUACCGUCCACAACAACCCUAUCAACAACCAGCACAGUGUCAUCGAGCUCAAGUCCAACUACAAGUUCUGUAAGCACUUCCACGUCUUCGAGCGUGUCGAGUCUGACUACAAGCACCCCAACAACAUCAAGCAGUGUAAGUUCUUCUACGAGUAUAUCCACGAGUUCGUCAGUACCGUCCACAACAACCCUAUCGACAACCAGCACAGUGUCAUCGAGCUCAAGUCCAACUACAAGUUCUGUAAGCACUUCCACGUCUUCGAGCGUGUCGAGUCUGACUACAAGCACCCCAACAACAUCAAGCAGUGUAAGUUCUUCUACGAGUAUAUCCACGAGUUCGUCAGUACCGUCCACAACAACCCUAUCGACAACCAGCACAGUGUCAUCGAGCUCAAGUCCAACUACAAGUUCUGUAAGCACUUCGACGUCGUCGAGCGUGUCGAGUCCGACUACAAGCACUCCAACAACAUCAAGCAGUGUAAGUUCAUCUAAGAGUACAUCGACGUCUCCGAGUACGUCAGUACCGUCGACAACAAGCGUACCAACGACCAGUACAGUGUCAUCGAGCUCUAGUCCAACUACAAGUUCUGUAAGCACUUCGACGUCGUCGAGCGUGUCGAGUCCGACUACAAGCACUCCAACAACAUCAAGCAGUGUAAGUUCAUCAAAGAGUACAUCUACGUCUCCGAGUACGUCAAUACCGUCGACAACAAGCGUACCAACGACCAGUACAGUGUCAUCAAGCUCUAGUCCAACUACAAGUUCUGUAAGCACUUCCACGUCGUCGAGCGUUUCGAGUCCGACUACAAGCACUCCAACAACAUCAAGCAGUGUAAGUUCAUCUAAGAGUACAUCGACGUCUCCGAGUACGUCAGUACCGUCGACAACAAGCGUACCAACGACCAGUACAGUGUCAUCGAGCUCUAGUCCAACUACAAGUUCUGUAAGCACUUCCACGUCGUCGAGCGUGUCGAGUCCGACUACAAGCACUCCAACAACAUCAAGCAGUGUAAGUUCAUCAAAGAGUACAUCCACGUCUCCAAGUACGUCCGUACCAUCGACAACAAGCGUACCAACGACCAGUACAGUGUCAUCGAGCUCUAGUCCAACUACAAGUUCUGUAAGCACUUCCACGUCGUCGAGCGUGUCGAGUCCGACUACAAGCACUCCAACAACAUCAAGCAGUGUAAGUUCAUCAAAGAGUACAUCCACGUCUCCAAGUACGUCCGUACCAUCGACAACAAGCGUACCAACGACCAGUACAGUGUCAUCGAGCUCUAGUCCAACUACAAGUUCUGUUAGCACUUCCACGUCGUCGAGCGUGUCGACCGUGACUACUUCUUCUUCAUCCACCUCGGUUUCAGGCUCUUCAUCCAUUCUAAG